AUGCAGUCGCACUUGGAGAAGAUAACGAAGGGGGACUCUACAAACGGAAGCGGCACAUACCUCUGCGGAUAUUACUACUUCUACUCAGCCGCGUGUGGUCACUUUUACGACAAGAAGGGAUACAAAUGUGGCAAAUCGGAAACUGGAUUGCGGAAUCCAAAGGUCUGCCAGGCUCCCAGCUCCAUAAUUCAUCUGGACGACGUGAAGAUCAGUGUGCGUUGCAAAACAUGCAGAAGAAAAGCCUCGACCACGGAAGACAAAGCCGGAGAAUCUGCAUCGAUAGCACAGGAUACAGGCAAAGCAGGGGAUUUGGCCGCAAUCCAAGAGAACCCGGACGAGGAUAGUGACUUUAAGUAA